AUGUUAUUUCAACGGAUCAGACAAGAACUACUUGAAUUUAAUCUGUUUAUAAGUAUUCCACGUUCAACAGAUGAAACUAUUCUUCGACGACAACAUCAUACAACACGCUUAUAUUUAGUUUUGUUAUUGGUAACUUCAAUUACUAUGAUUUUUUAUACGUUUCUUGAAUAUAUUACAAUCAGUAAGACUAUUGAAUCUCCAUCGUUAGAAAUUUUUGCUCGACUGAGAAAGGAAUAUCCAUUGACACUUGAUUGUCCAUGUAGUCGAACUUCAUUCGAAUAUAAACAAUUUUUUUCUGAUAUCGAAGUUGAAUACCAUGAAAUCUGUUCAUCUGAAUUCACUACUCCUCGUUGGAUCCAACUUCAAUUUAAUGAAUCUUCCAUGGACGUAAUUUUCAUCAAUGAUGUUCGUUUUCAAUCUCAAAUGCAUUUUCAGCUUUUAUCUACACUUUGUCGUGUAGCUAAACAAACUAUCGAAGAUAACACUCAGUCAUUUUAUCGAACAAAAUUGAUUACUCCUAAAGUUAAUGAUAAUUUUUCUUUUCAAAUCGAAUCUAAUUUAAUUCUUGAACAAUUCAGAAGAACAGUACCAGAGUCAUAUCAACGCACAUUACAACUAAUAGAAGCAAAUACUGAAAUUAAUCAAUUGAUUGUACCACUCAAUUCUAUUUUUCGAUCUCGAAUGGAUGUUCACAACAAAGAAGUUUUUCGCUUAGAACCUGAGGUAAAUGCUCGGCACGAUCGUCCUGUAUGUACAUUCACCGAAAAAUGCGAAUGUUUCUUUUUGUUUCCCGGCGAAUGUGUUCUAGAAACAGUUGUUGUAGAAGAAGACUUCUCCCGCAAAACUAUUCCAGGAAUGAGACUAACAGUAUCUCCUAUUCGCUCUGUUUUAAUAUCAACAUUAGAAUGUUUCUACAAUGAAACAUGUCUAUCUGAGAUUACACGUAAAAUUAAUUCUCUAGUUUCACCAACAAAUUUUUCAACACUUCGUUUAUCAUCGUUAGUAAUGAACGAAAGUCAAAAUGAUACAAUCGAUAUGUUGGCAAAGAAACUUUUUAUUCAAUCAUGGUCUAAUCAAACUAGUUCAUAUGAAUCUUAUUUUAAUCAAUGUCAUCCUUUAUCUUGUCAAUAUUCAUAUCUAAGUCGAUAUAAUAUAAUCGAUGCUGUUACAAGAAUUAUUGGAACAUUGAGCACUCUUAAUUUUCCUCUAGCAUUAUUAGUACCGUAUCUCAUCAAACUAUCAUCUUAUAUUUGGGCUAAAAUCAAAUCUCGGCGACAAAAUACAAUCAGACCAUCUGUAGAAACGGUCUCUACCAGAAGAGGUAAAUAA